GAUGAAGUGAAUCAGAUCAUGGAGACGAAUCUCUGGCUGAGACAUAUUUGGAAUGACUACAAGCUGAGGUGGUCUCCAAUGGAGUACGAUGGAAUCGAAUUCAUACGCGUCCCUUCCAAUAAGAUAUGGAGACCUGACAUUGUGUUAUAUAACAAUGCUGUGGGGGAUUUCUUGGUGGAAGACAAAACCAAGGCCCUGCUGAAGUACGAUGGCACAGUGACCUGGGUCCCGCCGGCCAUCUUCAAGAGCUCCUGCCCGAUGGACAUCACCUACUUCCCCUUUGACUACCAGAACUGCUCCAUGAAGUUCGGCUCCUGGACCUACGACAAGGCCAAGAUCGACCUGGUGCUGAUCGGGUCCAAGGUCAACCUCAAGGACUUCUGGGAGAGCGGGGAGUGGGAGAUCAUCGACGCGCCGGGCUACAAGCACGACAUCAAGUACAACUGCUGUGAGGAGAUCUACCCGGACAUCACCUACUCUUUCUACAUCCGCCGCCUCCCGCUUUUCUACACCAUCAACCUCAUCAUCCCCUGCCUGCUCAUCUCCUUCCUGACCGUGCUGGUCUUCUACCUGCCCUCGGACUGCGGCGAGAAGGUCACCCUCUGCAUAUCAGUCCUGCUGUCUCUCACCGUGUUCCUGCUGGUCAUCACCGAGACCAUCCCAUCCACCUCGCUGGUCAUCCCGCUGAUCGGCGAGUACCUGCUCUUCACUAUGAUCUUCGUCACGCUCUCCAUCGUCAUCACCGUCUUCGUGCUCAACGUGCACUACCGCACGCCCACCACCCACACCAUGCCCGCCUGGGUGCGCUCCGUCUUCCUGGGCGUGCUGCCCCGGGUCAUGCUGAUGCGCCGGCCCAUCGACCAGCAGGAGGCGCUAAAGAGCAGCGGGGGCAGCAGCGGCUGUGGUAGCUUGAGUUGCGCGGACGGGAUCUGCAAGGGGGGUUGUGGAGGAGGAGGAGGAGGAGGAGGGAGUGGAGGCAAGAAGCGGAAGAGCAGCGCCCGCCAGCAGGACUCUGUGAACUGCCUGGAGUACGGGGAGAACAAGGUGGCGGCCGGCGACCCCAAGAAGUGCCCGUGCCAGCAGGGCAAGGAGGCCCCCGAGGCCCCGGAGCCGGGGAAGCUGGCCCGGCAGCUGAGCCCGCAGCCCAUCAACGCGGUGGUGGCCUUCUCCGUGGUGUCGCCCGAGAUCAAGCAGGCCAUCGAGAGCGUCAAGUACAUCGCCGAGAACAUGCGGAGCCGCAACAAGGCCAAAGAGGUGGAGGAUGACUGGAAGUACGUGGCCAUGGUCAUCGACAGGAUCUUCCUCUGGGUGUUCGUGCUGGUCUGUGUCCUGGGAACUCUGGGUCUCUUCCUCCAGCCCCUCAUUGGCUUCUUCACAUAGUGGCUCCGCCCACAUAGAAGGUGCCUUUCCUGGGUUGAGUUGCCCUCUCCCAAGGCAAGGGAAA